UCCAAAUUGUCUCACAUAGUUCGACAGGGACUGGAUCUGUUGGACCGUUCAUUGAUCGUUCACUGAUGAGUUGUUCAAAACUACAAACGAUUCGUGGAAGUACGCGUAGUCAGGCGCACGCCUCAUUCCCAGCCUCGCAAUGAGGAACACGAGGAGGCUGGGAAAGGCAACUCCCAACGCCUCCUGACAAAAUAUUGCCUCUCAAAGCAAUGUAGGUUGACAGCUGUUUCACACAGGACUUUCAGAGUCUCCAUCAUCGAAAAAGACCAUUCUUCACACUUGCUAGGCAUAUCUGACCUACCUGAUUAUUGUUUGACAUAUCCACUCUAAACUGCGAUCGUCCCACCACUGUGACAGAGGAUUUUCGCUCACUUACAUUAUACUACACCACAACCAAGUCAGCCCGACACUGAAUCAACUGUCCAACACUCGAACAUCGCCAUGCCUACAGUUCUCACCCCUCAGGGCUGGGUCAAGGUCGCCGCAACCGCACCAAGACGACGAACCGUGGCCAUCGACCCCGUCGAAGCUCUGAAAGGACCACUCGCCUACUUUUCAUGCCGAGCAUCUCCAAAAGGCACUCCCGGCGCUGUUAUUGGAAGAUCAGGAGCUAAAAAGUCACCAGAGGCAUACCCUUAUGACCUCGACGCAAGUCCCGAGCGAUUGAGAGCGCAGGGUCGAGCACGCAGUGGCGGUAAUGCACAGAUUCGAAUUGGGGGUAAGAAUAGAACGGUGUCGGCACCGGUACUAGUGCCGGAAAUGGAGAUGGAUGAAGAAAUAGAGGAGCCAUUCGACAGACACAUCCAUUCUCAUAGGGGGACUUCGUCAUCUCCGAAGAAGAAGCGACAUGCCUCCUCGCAUACACAUUCAUCUAGCGGCGGCGGUCGAUAUGAUGAUGCCUCUAGUCUUUCCUAUGGAUCGUCGUUGGGGUCAUCUUCGUCUCUUGGCUCGUCAAGCACACGGUCGCACGAUCACCAUCGUCGUCAUCAUCACUCCUCGCGUCCGGUGGACCCAACUCCAACGCCCACGUCGAUGUAUACGCCUCAUUCUUCAUCUCAUCGAUCACCGGCUCCUCAGCAACCAUAUCGUCGGUCGGGCUAUUACGACAACUAUACGCGUCCUCCCUCACAACCUGCGCCUCCAAGCUCGACUAGUGGGAGGGGUAUGAGUUAUAAUUGGUAUAAUGCAACGACGCCAUUGAACAUUUAGUUUCUAGGUUUGGAUUUGGCCAACUUUGAUUCUUGUCAUGUAUAUCUCUCGGUGGUUUGGAUAGGGGGUAGGGAAGCGGGGAUUGUUGAUUUGAAUAUCUAGUUCACUUCUAGUCAGCGGUUUGUGGAAAGCUUCCCGAAUGAUUUGAAGAUGCCGAGCUUUGAUUCUCAUCUGUAACAUAAAUACUAUGAACUCGUGACACUACAAUCCCAUCCCAUAUAUACUAUUCGUAGUCCCAUAUCCA